AUGUAUUAUAGGCUUCCAUUUUACAUUGCACUCACGGACUUAAACCUUAUGAUAACUCAAUUUUUAAAUUUGAUUCAUUCUGUUAUCUAUCGAAGUCCAUGGUCGUAUCCAUUUUGCCAAUUUCUUGGGUUUGCCGUUGAAGAAGCGCAAUGUCUAAAUCAGUUUUUAUUUACUAUUGUAGCGGUUUCAAUUUAUCUAAAAAUCAGCAAAGAUUCAAAAAUUGAUUUAGGAAGAUAUGAUUGGAAACUAUUUACGUUAAUGUUCAUUUUGACGAUGCUGGCUACAAUACCACCCAUAAAAAUCGAUGCAUAUGGAGCCCAAGAAUCAUGGUGCGGAUUAAAACCUGGAAAUCAGUUUGCCAGUUUAUACUUUCUUCUACUAGCAGUUGCAAAUCUUUUAAUCACAGCAGUUAGUUAUAUCAAGAUUCUGCUGAAAUUAAGAAAAAGCCGAUAUGAAUCAAGUUCAUCGACGCAUAAUUCAAAAAGUAUUGAGAACAGAGUCGCAAAAAAGAUUGCGCUUCAUGUGCUCGUUUUUCUUUUACAGUGGCUGCCUGUAAAUAUAUAUACAAUAACAUUCUAUAUGGAGAUAACCGAUUUUUGGACAAUGAUUGUUGCGGCGAUUGGAAUAAAUAUGGGUGGCAUAGGAAACGCGCUUGCUUACGCAUAUAACAUAGAUGUACUUCAUUGCCACACAGAUGGACGCAAAGCAGACGAUGACGGUAUACCAAAGUUCAACGAUUCAGAAACGGCAGUUCUUCAACAAAAAAUACAACAUGU